GGAAUCACACUGUUCUCAACACAAUAGCAGCUGAUAUAAUAUAUCAUGAUCACAGAACAUAAUGAUAUGCUUUAUGAAGAAAAACAUAUUUCUUGUAAUCAAGCUACUAAUUGAGGCAAUAAUAUUCUCCAGAGAAUUAAUGAUGAAUGGAUGACACCUAAAUCAGAUCGUCUCUUGGCAUAUCUUGAUUUUAUACACACGUAUUGAUAUGGAUAUGGUGGAACUAAGAUAUAUGAUACCACUUACAAAAACAGCUAUUUUUACCUCUUAUUGCUUUUAUGAUUGAUUCGACACGAGUUGCCAUUUCUCAUUCUGAUGGCCAUGCUUGCUGGCUGAUGUAGCCUACAUUGAAACAUUAUUGUGAAGGUAGACAGUGAUAUAAAGCAGGUGAUAGAGAUGUACAAACAAUACAAAUGCUUCCUAAUGGAGAGACUCUGGAUAGAAGCGGCAAAGGUUGGAGAUCUCAAGACAUUGGUACAUCUCCUUAAUGAAGGAAUGGACAUGAAUCACAUACAGAUGUCCAAUGGCAAAACUGCACUGCACGAAGCAGCGUCCAAUAAUCAACUCGAAGUCAUUAAAUAUCUAAACGAUAGAAAUGCUGUCAUGGAUACGUGCGAUCGUAAAGGAAGAACACCAUUUCACUACGCCACUGAAGCAGGCCAUUUGGACGUGAUUGUAUAUUACAGUAAAAUGAAAGUCGACUUCACACAGAGAGAUAAUAAAGAAGAUGAGAUACUGCAUAUUGCUGCUAGACACGGUCACAUAAAUAUUUUAAGGUUCUUUGAGAACAUCGGCAUAGAUGGUAAUGUGAGGAAUGGACAAGGGUCUACACCAUUACAUAUUGCAGUUGAAACACAUAACGUUGAACUGAUUAAGGUGCUUUAUGAACUUGGUGUUGAAUUAAACAAACCGAUUGAUUCCGAGGGAAUCGUUGGUCCAACACCUCUUCACCUUGCUGUACUUGAAUGUCGACAUGAUAUCGUUGAGUUACUACAAAGCUUUGGGGCUUCACUUCACACAUUUACCUCGGAGGGAAUGUGCCCGUUGAGUGACGCAAUUCUUAACGAGGACAAACGUAUGAUCCAGCUCCUCAUCGAUGGAAAAUGUGAUUUGUCCUGGUCUGAACACGAACUAGUAGAGACACCAUUGAAUAUAGCAACAAGAAAAAACAACAUGGGGAUUGUGAAAAUAUUGUGCGCUGCAGGGGCAGACGCUGGGGAAGGCGGAUGCUCUGGCAUGUUACCUAUACACACAGCGACUAUAAAUGGAAACUUGGAACUUGUGGAGUAUUUUUACUCACUUGGAAUUGAUAUAAAUGUUCCUGCUACAGAAGGUUCCGAAGGGGAACGACCCCUACACCUUGCUGCGUUUCACGGUCAUUUGACGUUGGCUAAGGUACUUGUAAAGCUUGGUGCACAUGUUAAUCUCGCCGACAGACAUGGCCAUACACCGAUUUGUUACGCAGCCGCUGCAAUGAAUACUGAUAUGACAAAAUAUCUUCAUAGAUCUGGCGCUGAGGUGGACGUUACAACAUUCAAUGGGGCAACCAUAUUGCAUACCGCAGCCGCUAAAGGUUGUGUGGAAAUGGUCCAAUAUCUCUUAGAAGCUGGAAUGAACGUAAAUUCUCAAACACAUUCUGGGGAGACGCCUUUAUUCGGCUGCGUUCCAACAUCUGAUCAGAAAAUUGCCGAACUCCUACUUUCUUACGGCGCUGAUGUGGGGAUUCAGAACGAGGAUGGGGACACAGUGUUACAUUUGGCAUGUAGGACGCGUGCAACUGGAAUGCUGAUCGACAUACUGUGCGGUGACCGAAACAUUAACAAACAGAAUGCGAUGGGUAACACAGCACUCCACGAUGCAGCUGCAGAUGGGGAUGUUGAUACAGUUAAACUUUUGGUAGAAAAGGGAUCAAAAAUAACACUGUGCAAUACAUUUGGAGAAACUGCAAAAGAUAUUGCAAUCGUGAACUCAUAUUCUGAAAUUUUGGAUAUGUUGCAAUCCAGAAAUUAAAUCUGAAUAUCAUGAAUAAACCAUUUUUGUAAGGAUAUCCAGUAAAUCAAAAAAUCAUUCAUAGAGUAAAUAUAUUAAAACAUGGAUGGAUAUACUGUACCCGUAAUUACAACUUUUACAUCAAUUGCUAAUAUCAAGCAAAAUAAAAACAUAUUGGACAGAAGGUUGAUGAACCUUGAUGACAAAAAACGUUGACACUUUUCUCAGGAUUAGGUUAACAUUUUGAUCUUUAAAACAUCAUACAAAGGAAUGUCUGAAUUAUUUCAGAUUCUGAAACCUGAGUCUUAUCUUUCCAAUCCAUAUAUCAUAAUUAUACCUUUUGACGACAAACGGCUUGUAGCUAUACCAAACAGGAAAUAUUGUCCAGUGCAAAAAUAAUACAUACCUAAACAUUGAGAAAGAGUAAAUUCUGGAUCCCGGACCCCUGCGCUGGGAAGAUGAAUUUACAUGUCUCUGUGUAAACAUUAUACAUUAAUGCCAUCUUUAAAUUAGUAGGCAUAAUUUAUCUCAAAGGCAGUUCUAGAUUGCAAUAAAUCCAAGUUUCAUCUCAGAAAUAUUUUGUGGAAUUGUAUUUUUCUUACUAUAGAGUCCAAAGACACUAGAUUCAAUUGUUAAUAAUCUGAGCUUGAUAGUCAAAUACUUGACUGGUUUAGUACUCGAGUGUGACUGACUUGGUCAAAGACAUAUUAAAAUAUCUCUGGCUUGGUGUAUCAGUUAUAUUAAUUUUGAAUGAAAAUCAUCCGUUACAUCUCCUACUUUAACUCUGUGAUGUCUAAUCCAAAGGCAAUAUUGAAAUGCGAGUAUCAAACAUCCAGUGCGCGCAUUUCGAUUGUAAAUAUUUUAGACUGAAACAUUGAAAAGGUUCGUCAAGUAAAUUAUAUGAACGUUUUUGGCCCACCUUGUAUACCUGUAUACUAGUAUAUAUGUAAAUACUAGUAAUCACGUUUACAUGUUCACAGGUACCAUAAUCUAAGUGCGCACAUUGGGAAUAAAUAACCCAGAUGCCAGUAGGAAGUUAACAGUUUCAACACCAGGUGGCUAAUUCGGGUCAAAUAACAUAGUCUUGGUAGAUCCCUCCCUUAAACUCGAAUAUGCAUAAGUUUAAGUGGAUCAAAAUCCAUAUAAACUUUAUGUGUCAAUUAUACAAAUGUCUAGUAAAAGAAAAUAUAAUCUGUCCAACAGAAUAACAC